GAAGAUUAAGCAUGCCGCUUUCCCCGAAGCCUGUCCAGCUUCAAGCCUUCUGCUGUCUUCCCUUUCGCAAGCGUCGUCCUUCCUCCAGCGUUCUCGCUACAGCAUGCGCAAUUCUCCGUGAACAUCUCGAGCAAGCAUCAUCCGAACAUCACCGCACUCACCUCCGCCGCUCUGCAGCAUGGCCCCAGGGAGCCCAGACGCCAACGGCCAGCCCGCCGGCGAACAUGAGCUCGAGGAAAUGGGCGACAAGAAGCCGAAUGUGCCGCUCGAGGAGGACAUCAUGCAGCUGGCGCGGCUGGGAGAGAUCGCGGCCAUCCAGAAGUUGUUCGACAGCGGCAAGUACGAUGCAACGUACAAGGACGAGCAGGGCAUCACGCCGCUUCACUGGGCCGCAAUUAACAACCACUACGCCCUCUGCCAUUUCCUGAUCCAGAACGGCGCAAACAUCAACGCCAAAGGAGGAGACGCGGUCGCGACGCCAGUGCUCUGGGCCGCAAAGCGAUGCCACUACUACAUCGUCAACCUGCUCCUCGAGCACGGCGCAGACCCGCUGCUCACCGACGACCAGGGCUUCAACCUCCUGCACUCGGCGACGCUCGACGGCAACGUCUACCAGCUCGUCCUCCUGCUCCACCAAGAUAUACCCGUCGAUAUACCAGAUGCGCAGGCGCAUACGGCGCUCAUGUGGGCAGCAUACAAGGGGUACCCCUCGUGCGUGGACCUGUUCCUGCGAUGGGGCGCAAACGUCUACGCGACAGACGACCAGGGCUUCACCGCUCUGCACUGGGCGCUGGUCAAGGGCUCGCAAGGCUCCAUCCAGAAGCUCCUCGAAUACGGCGCGGAUCGGUUCGCAAAGAACAACGAUGGGAAGACGCCCGCCGUCACCGCAGAGGAGAUGAACACAGUGCGACAGUGGCACAAGGCAUUGUCGCAAGCGGGCUACAACAGAGACGGCACACCCAACGAGUUUCCGGUACCCGGAGUUAAAGACACGCGAUGGUUUAUUUCGAGAUUCAUAUUCUUCUGGCCUUUCCUAAUUAUUCUAUUCGCCUUGUAUUUAAUCAGCAGCUAUCCCGUGUACGUUGGACUGCCAUUGGCGUUUGGCGUCGCAUACGGCAUGCAAUGGAGCGCGCAGAAGCUUUUGGGGUGGGCUCCUGCCAACAUGCGAAACAUACAGCACACCCCUUUCUUGGCGGGUAUCUUCGCCGGUACAUUAUUCUGGGUCGGCUUGCGAUGGAUCACGACUGUUCUGCCUUGGACGAUACGAACGAACUUUUUCCUCAAUGUACUAUUCGCAGCAUUUUAUGGAUUUACCGCAUACUUCUACUUCUUCACCAUGUCUUCUGACCCUGGUUUUGUGCCCAAGUCGGCGAGCAGGAGCGCGUCAAAGGCCGUCAUUGAUGAGCUUGUGGAGCUGCGCAGAUUCGACGAGAACCACUUCUGCGUUAAUUGCAUGGUGCGGAAGCCACUCCGGAGCAAGCAUUGCAAGCGAUGCGAACGUUGUGUGGCAAGGACGGAUCACCAUUGUCCGUGGGUCAACAAUUGCGUCGCGAACAACAACCACCGACAUUUCGUGCUCUACAUUCUCAGCUUGGAGCUCGGCGUGCUUGCCUGGAUUCGAUUGGUUCUUUCUUAUCUCGAAAGUGACCGCCUCGAGUCCCCGAAAGACGUCGAAUGCAACGUCCUCUCCGACGACCUAUGCAAGAUCCUCCACAAAGAUCCCUUCACCAUCGUUCUCACCAUCUGGGCCGCCUUCCAGCUCACCUGGGUCACCAUGCUCCUCUGUGUGCAGCUCCUCCAGGUCGCCCGUAAUCUCACGACCUACGAGAGCAUGCGCGGCCAUCUCCAUUCCAACACCGCCGCCGACGCCCUCAACUCCUUUGUCACCACCGGCGACACCUCGCAGGACGUCGCCGGCGGCAACGCGCCCGCGCCCGGGUUUGGUUCCGGCCAGGACACUGACGACGCACCGCGCCCGCCGCACCAGCACCACUCCAUUUGGGACCAGUGGAAGCGCCUUCUCGGCAUUGAUAGCUUCUGGGCUACCGCGCUGCAGGGCUCGCAGGCCGAUCAGCGGAGACGUGUGGGUGGGAAUCCCUGGAGCCGUGGGGUUGUUACCAACUGCAAGGACUUUUGGUGCGAUGGGGCACCCAUUCUCAAGAAGAAGGAGAGUGGAUUUGCGCGGUUGGCGGGGGAUAGGGUCGAUUAUACGCGGUUGUAUGAGGUUCCGAGGAUGAGGUAUGCAAGGGGCGGCGGGGGUGGAGGGGGGACGUAUGAGCAGGUUAGCGCGGUGGAUGAGGCUGUUUAGGUGACGGUUGGGUAGGGUAGCGAUGCCCUGCCAGAGUAAGGGACCGAUGGCAUAAUGAGAAUGAAAUGAUGUGG